AAUGCCUAGGUCAGGAAAAAAGAUACUUUCUAGUUAAAAUAUUCUGAAAAUGAUUCCAACUUUUUGUGCCUUCGACUGUUUCAAAACCGCUUUUAUAACUUUACUAAGCUGGCCAAGAGAUGGCGCCAAAACAGUUUUCUUCAGGAAUUCUCUUACGAUUUAUGGCGCCAUCGACUCACUCGAGGUCAAAAAUUUGAAAAAAAUUUACUAUGCUACUGUAAUAACUACAAGUAAAUUAUUCAGUAGGGAAAUGAACUGGUUUCACUGUAACAACUGUUUUGUGAGAGAAGGGAAAACUUUCGUAGUCUCCAGCUGUGGUCAUAUAUUUUGUGAGAACUGCGUAAAUACAAGCCAGUGCCGAGUUUGUCAUGCCAGCUGUAACUACCUUCACAUUUCUGAUCAGAUGAAGCCACAAGAAAAGAUGUUUUUCAAAGAUCCAGUGAAACUCGUUCAGACUCGACUGGAACACAUUGCACAGAUUGCUAUUUUUCAGAAAAGGCAAAAGGAGCGAGUCAUCACAUUCUUAAGAAGCAGGUCCGUGGAACUGGAACGAAAGCUGAAAGAAGUCCGUGAUCAGUGUUGCAGGCAAGUUGCUGAGCUGAAACUGGAGAACGAAGAACUAAAGAAGCCGCUUUCUCAGAGGAGGACAUCUCCUGGGAGGUUUUCAAUUAAUGGAGGAACUCCAAGGAUGAUUCUUCCUGUGGCUGUCACAUCACCAGUCACACCUCGCUCUAGAGCUGCCAGUUCGGGUGACACUUUGGAGAGGUUUAGACAUUCCAGACUCGGCAUCACAACACCCCCAGGGUCAUCUGUCUCUGUGUCAAGCAUGAGUUCAGUACAUGAACAUAGUUUCAGGACACCCAGCUCAGUUAACACUCCCACAAGGUCCCAACAUACAACCCCAAACAAUUUUCAGUUCCAGCUUCUGCCUAGGCCUACACCUCAGUCCCCAAGGCCAUAACGAAUAAUCAUUUGCAGCUAAUUCAAGUCAUUAGAAAACCACUUUACCACUAGACGAUGAGUAAUCUACUUUGUCCGUAGAUCAGUAUCAGUAGAUACAAUUAUAUUGACAUUAAUUUAUUUGCGUUUUCCUUGGGCUUUCUGUAUCACAAUUUUGCUCAUUUUUUUGAAUGGUUAUUGUUAGAAUUAAAAUUACACAUAUAUACAAAAUGUCGCUUUCAUUUUCCAAUGGAAAUGUAAUUGCAAUUAAAAAAGUAACCAUUAACUGUGAUAAUUAAAAAUA